CGGUCCGAAAUCCGACAGAACGGCCGCCGGGAAAAGACAUUUGAAGCGCUACUCACAUCCGGAACUUCUGUUCGCGGCACAACCCAGGGCCACUUCUUUACUCGAGACCCGGCAGCAAAUUUCCCCUGGCCACAGCCACAACUUUAUCCGACGCCAUGUGAACAAGUGUCCUUGCUGGAAGAUGCGGAAAAUGCUGGAAACCUCCGCAAGCUCUUCCGUAUGAUUCGUUCGGCGGAAGCCUCUUGUCAGCGAAAUUAUCAAGGACCAGAAUGGCUCCCUGAUAUCCAGCAAAGCACAACCUUUGAACCGCUAGGCAGAGUAAUUCAAACAGCAAUCCAGUUGGCCCCCUCUUCAGUCCGGAAUUUCGGCCUCCAACAGAAAGAAGUGUCCGAAUGUAUAACUCUACUGAAGCGUUAUCGUGCUCCUGGUGUUGACCUCCUACCUACUCUGUUCAAGGAUAGCGGUGUGUGUCUCAGCCAGUGCCUGUGUGGCCGAUUUGGGUCUAUCUGGGAGAAAAAGACCGUCCCAGACAACGUUUUUGGUCUUCUUGUUUUUGGGUUUGACGUUAGCACAACCGACUGGCAUGCAGAAGUGGGCGAGCUGGGGAUGUUGAAGCUUCCUAAUUUCUCGGUAUUAAGAAGACUCGGGCGAGGGUCUUAUGGAGAAGUUUACCUUAUCAGGAAACAGGUGACUGACUCUCACAAGGAUGCAUGCUCCCAGGGAUCUGAUCAGUUGAUUGCUGUAAAAUGUAUCCCGAGACAGAAGUUGAGCAAGCGAGGUGAAGAUAACCUGGUUUCAGAAAUAUCGAUUCUGCAGAAAUUGAGCCAUCCACAUAUUGUACGAAUGUUGGACUUUUCGUGGGAUGACCGCAGUGUGUUCUUGUUUAUGGAAUACUGCGCAGGAGGCGACUUAAGUGAUUUUCUGCAUGCGAAAAAUCGCCUUCCUGAACCGUUGGUGCGACGAUUCCUUCGGCAAAUGGCACUUGCAUUACAGUACUUGAAGGAGAAGAAUAUUAUUCACAUGGAUUUGAAGCCCCAGAACAUUCUACUCACCUCAAGCACGAACCCGGUCCUAAAAGUUACAGAUUUUGGUUUCGCCAAACGUACAAAGGACACCAUUCAGUUGAAUGAGCUCCGUGGUACAUUACUAUACAUGGCUCCAGAAGUCUACUGUGAGGGUAUAUACCAUCCGUCCUGUGACCUCUGGUCGAUCGGUAUCAUACUUUUUGAAUGCCUUUUUGGAAAUCCUCCUUACGCCUCGGAAGAUUCUAAACAGCUCAAAGCCAAACUUCUGACUGCUAAACCUAUUGUGAUUCCGUCAGACCCUCGAAUCAGUGCAAACUGCGCUGCUUUGCUGCGUGGUCUUCUCAAACGGAACCCAGAGGAACGGAUGAAUCAUACGGAAUUUUUCGAACAUCCAUUUGUCGAUAUUAAACACGCCCCUUCGGCUGAAAGUUUGGAUAAGGCGCUCAGUCAUUUAGAAAAGGCCCGAAUGUUGGAGAAAAAGAAUGAUUUGGAAGCAGCCUAUGAGUACUACACUCACGGUUUAGCGCAUCUUGUUUCAGCCGUGGAAUAUGAAACCUCCACCUCUCAAAGAGAACUCUUAAAGCAGUUGGCUUCACAAUACUUUACACAGGCUGAAGCUGUCAAGACUCGGUUGAAAGUAGAGGGUUCCCGUACCGGUAAUUCUGUCCCACCCAGACCGCCACCCCCAUGGAAACGAGGUCAGAAUCGUCACAGCUGUCAAACGGAAACGUCCGUUCAUCCCAAGAAUGUUCCGACAGUUGCGGGAACUGAAAAGCGUAUCAAUACCUCCGCUUCGCUCGCCAGAGCUCAGAUGGUUCCACCGGCGACUCCUCCAACACCUCAAAUUUCAUCACAAAUGGGUAGCGAAUUGGAUAGCGAGUCAACACCCUCAUCCCCUUCGAGUGGUCUACUGACCUAUCUGAAGAGCUUGUUUAUCGCUUCGCAUGGCUGUGGAUCCGAACAAUCAGCAGGGUUGACGGCGGAGACUCAAACACCGGGGAAACAACAGGCCUCCACUCAUCCAUCCUCAUCCGAAGUCUCGUCACAACCACCACCUUUCACUCAAUGUCCGAAGACAGAUCCAGUUGGUCAACCUAUCAUAGCCUCACGUGAAGUCGCCCAGACAUCCGAACAAGGGCCGUCGCACACUCGCGGUUCCACUUCGUCAGGCAAAAAGCUCACACUUUCCACAAAGGAGGUUCACAUGAAAAACCGAGCACCGAAGCAACGAUUCCCCGUCCCCUCCGCAACCCUGGAUCCGUUAAAUUAUCCGUUAGACAAAGCUAGCCACCUUGACGAAGGGCGGCAAGCUUGCUCGCUCCCCUCAUUUUGUCCUCCUGCAACUACCGGUUCUCCGAGUGCAUCUGCUUCAUGUUCUGGCACCACCUCAUCCGUCUGUCAUGAAGAAGCAGGUGGCCUGGUGUGCAAGCCAAUCCGUGCAACAAACAAAAGUAGACCCCGCCGGAAUCUGUGGGUUCGAGCUUUUCACCUUUUAUCGAAUCGGCUGAAGUUCAAACUUAAACCUUGGAGGGUUGUCGACUAUCCCGCUCAGUCGAAUUCGGACCAACCGGUUGGCUUCUCGUCGUCUAGCUCAACUCUCAGGCUUAGUUCUGGGAUGGCCGCACCAUAUGAUUCUGCCAGUGAUGCUCCAAACGCCCAACUGGAACGUUCUAAAUCACGGUGGUCAGGUCGUGUCGCUCACUCUGAGACACUUGUUUGCCCCACUAUCACGAAAAGUCCACCACCUACCCGAGAUAUGUCAUCUGUUGAUCCUGAAGAGAAACCGCUCCGCUCACAAGAAGGUUCUUCACUUCGUAGGAUGCAACGAGUCAGAGCACUCAGUAUGGACAUCAAUUCCUCUCCGUGCACCCAUCCGGAUGAUGUGGAUUCAAAUGUCGCUUCAGCCCCCACUUACGCACAGCAAAUGGCUCUGCUGGCUGACACGGCACGACUGUUCGAACUGAAAGCAAUGUGCGCUGAUUCGGAUACAAACUGCUUGCAGUUAAUUGAAUGGUUAGAGGAAUUCUACUCCCUACUUCGAACCGGUCGACUGCAUCAAGCACUGAAACACUCUGAAGAUAACUUCGCCGAGUAUUUACAAAUAGCGAAAGCCGAUACCAACGACGCCCGUCGAAGUUCCUUCCUAAAGGAGUUGAAACUCGUCUUGGAUCUGAUGGAAAGCGGUAAACAGCAACAAACAGCAGUCUCGAACGAGUCUCCUCACUCUACUGAACGGCACUCUGUGUCACCAGUUCCCGAAGAAGUUGGUGUUGAGGUUACCCCUGAAGCUGGUAAGUCAAUCGUUGAUAAAUAUUUACGCACAAUUUUAUGUUCAGGUCCCUCCGUUAUUUUGUCGCAACCACCUCGAAUACACAAGGGAACACUAAAUUAUUCAGUCAGUCAGUUG